GAGCGGUUCUGUUGUGGGUUUCCAUUCGUCCAUUCUUCCAUUCUCCAUCUUGCAUCUCGCUUUUUUACUGACACUUACGCUGAGGCUGUCUCCCUUUUUUACUGACACUUACGUUGGCUUACGUUUGCCGACCCUUACGUUUUGUUGUUAAAAACGUCUCUAAAAUAAAUCAUCCGCCACCGAGGCUCAGUCAGUUUUUUCGUCGCAACGCAAGUGCUGGGCAAGUGCUUCUGUGAAUGCUGUGCUGUUGUGGGAUCGGUUUGAGCGGUGCGAUUGUGGUUGUGGAUUCGAAUCGGUGUUCCUGUGAGUCGAGUGAAAAAGAGUGGCCAGGUAGCGCUUUUGCGCCGCCCGCAAUUGCCGUGCAAUUAAAUCCGAAUCCGUGAACAAAUGGUAUAUUAAAUCGGAAACGAAACGAAACCUUUUUCUGCAGUCGGCAGAAUGGGACGGGAGAGCGGCGUUGGAGUUUUCGUGUCGCGUCAUCUCGCUCGCACCGCAAAGGUCGUUCGUUGUGGCUGCGUGUGUGGGCGUGCGUGUGUGUGGGUGCAGCAUGCAAGGGCAUUGAUUAAGUUUUAAAUUCUGCACCGAAAAGCAAAUGCUAAUAAACGCAAAGUAGUAGAAUAAUGAGUGGACUGGAGAUAAGAUAAAAUUGAAGGUUAUUCUUUGUGCGAGAGUGUGUGUGUGUGUGAGAGUGUUCCAUUGUAAACAAAAAAGCAAGUGCUGAGAGGGGUGAGCGGGAGAGAGGCGGCAAAAGAGAAAGAACCGAGAGAGUGAGAGCCAGGCCAGGGGAGAGAGAGCGCACGCUCGCUGGCACGAAGAAAGCAGCGCACAAAGCGAACGCUGAAAAUGUCAAUAAACUCUGCGAAAGGUGAGGAAAAACGCAACAAGAGCGCCGUCGUGUAAAAUAAAACCCAAGACUCGAAGAAAGCCGCAGAAAGAAGAGGCAAGUGCAGAACAGCGUGUGUGUGUGUGUGUGUGAGUGGGAGAGAAGAGAGAGGAGAGUGCGAAUGUGAAUGCGACUGCGAGAGUGUGUGUUGGUUCUGAUUGGACAUUGUGUGUGCAGAAAAGUCUUUCUGGUUUCGAUUCGCUUGCAACAGUUUCCGCGUUUGCAGCUCCAACAAGUUUCGUCGUUUUUUUUCGCGGCUGCAUUUUGUUUAUUUUAUUGUCAAUUUGCUGCCGCUGCCGCUGUUGCUGCUGCUGCCUUUCCUCGUCGCUCGUUAACCCACACAAGUGCGCCUCGCCUCGCCAUCGCUGGAUGAGUAAUUUACCGUUAAUAAUUCACAGGUGAAAAAUCCCAUGUUUGUCGUGCAAUAAUUUCCUCGUUUUUGCCAUCGAAUCGCUUCCACUCGGGCAAAUAAUCUACAAGAAAAGUUAUAUACACAAAUGUGCAAGCAAAUUAAAUAAGUUUACCAACCAAGUAAAAUGUGACACAAACUAGAAUGUGAAUCCCAUAAAACAAGACCAACUUGAAAUCCCAACUGGCUUUUGGGUAACAAAAUCUUAUCAACACAGCAACAACAACAACGGAAAUCCAUUAAAAUCUUAAUAGACUGAAAAACGGGACAAUUGGAAUACUUUUAUUUACUUUUAAAUGUUUUACAACACAAUGGAACUGCAUCAACGACACCUCUCCAAUUUUUACAAAUUGCACAACUGAGAAUCAAAAGUCUUUGAUAAAUAUCUAAACCCUAAGAGAAGCGGUGAUUGCAGACAUUGACUGAAAAUCGCAGCUGAAACAAGAUGCCCAAUAUGUCGAGCAUCAAGGCGGAGCAGCAGGGUGCUCCCAUGGGAGGAGGAACCGGUGGCUAUCAACUGCCGGUCAAUAUGUGCACCAGUUCCGUGGCCACCACGACGACGACAACUUUAGGAGUGGGAGCCACCGGCGGAGCCACUGGAUCCCGGCACAAUGUGUCCGUGACGAAUAUUAAGUGUGAGUUGGAUGAGUUGCCCACGCCCAAUGGAAAUCUGGUGCCGGUGAUCGCAAACUACGGUCAUGGUAGCCUGCGCAUUCCCCUCUCUGGACAGCCGCCCAGUCACGAGGAUUCCGAUUCGGAGGAGGAGCUGGCGAACAUCGAGAAUCUGAAGGUGCGACGAAGGACGGCGGCGGAUAAGAAUGGACCUCGUCCCAUGUCCUGGGAGGGCGAACUGAGCGACGCCGAGGUCAAUGGCGGCGGUGAGGCUGAGCUGAUGGAAAUGGAGCCAACGAUCAAGAACGAGGUGGUGGUGGCCAGUGUUGCCACGCCCCUGCAGCCAACCUGCGCCCUCCAGCCCAUCAAGACAGAACUGGAGAACAUUGCCGGCGAGCUGCAGCUGCAGGGGAAGUCCUAUCCCAUGUCCAACUCCCAGGGACAUGGGGCUGCCAAGAUGAAGCUGGCGCCGACGCAAAGUGAUCCCAUCAAUCUCAAGUUUGAGCCACCGCUGGGGGACAACUCACCGCUACUGACUGCCCGGAGCAAGUCGAGCAGUGGUGGCCACCUGCCCCUGCCAGCGAAUCCCAGUCCCGACUCCGCCAUACAUUCCGUCUACACGCACAGCUCACCAUCGCAGUCGCCGCUAACGUCGCGCCACGCCCCCUACACGCCCUCGCUGAGCCGGAACAACAGCGAUGCCUCGCACAGCAGCUGCUACAGCUACAGCUCCGAGUUCAGUCCCACCCACUCGCCCAUCCAGGCGCGGCAUGCCCCACCGGCCGGCACCCUGUACGGCAAUGGCGGAGUCCAUCAUCACAGCGUUCUGUACCGGCCACUCAAGGUGGAGGCCUCAUCGACGGUGCCAUCGAGUGGUCAGGAGGCGCAGAACCUUAGCAUGGACUCUACAUCCAGCGGAUGUCUGGAUGGAGUUGGUUCAGGAUCUUCGCAUCCCGCCUCGCCGGCUGGCAUAUCGCGGCAGCAGUUGAUCAACUCACCGUGCCCCAUCUGCGGCGACAAGAUCAGUGGCUUCCACUACGGCAUCUUCUCCUGCGAGUCCUGCAAGGGCUUCUUCAAGCGCACCGUCCAGAAUCGCAAGAACUAUGUGUGCGUGCGCGGUGGUCCCUGCCAGGUGAGCAUCUCCACGCGCAAAAAGUGCCCGGCCUGUCGGUUCGAGAAGUGCCUGCAGAAGGGCAUGAAACUGGAGGCCAUUCGGGAGGAUCGAACUCGCGGUGGCCGCUCCACCUACCAGUGCUCCUACACGCUGCCCAACUCGAUGCUCAGUCCGCUCCUGAGUCCUGACCAAGCGGCUGCAGCUGCCGCCGCCGCAGCGGUGGCAAGUCAGCAGCAGCAGCAGCAACAACAGCAGCAGCAGCAACAGCGACUCCAUCAAUUGAAUGGCUUUGGAGGCGUACCCAUCCCCUGCUCCACUUCCCUGCCAGCCAGUCCCAGUUUGGGGGGAGCUUCCAUCAAGUCAGAGGAAUCAGGCGAGACGGGCAAGCACAGCCUGCGAACCGGAAGCGUACCACCACUACUGCAGGAAAUCAUGGAUGUUGAGCAUCUGUGGCAGUACACCGAUGCCGAGCUGGCCCGCAUCAACCAACCGCUCUCCGCAUUCGCAUCCGGCAGCUCAUCUUCAUCGUCAUCGUCAGCCGCAUCCUCGGGCGCCCACGCACAACCGCAACUGACCAAUCCUCUAUUAGCCAGUGCCGGUCUCACGUCGAAUGGCGAGAACGCCAACCCCGAUCUGAUUGCCCAUCUCUGCAACGUGGCCGAUCAUCGCCUGUACAAGAUUGUCAAAUGGUGCAAGAGCUUGCCGCUCUUCAAGAAUAUUUCGAUCGAUGACCAGAUCUGCUUGCUCAUCAAUUCGUGGUGCGAACUGUUGCUCUUCUCCUGCUGUUUUCGAUCGAUUGAUACCCCCGGCGAGAUUAAAAUGUCACAAGGCAGGAAGAUAACCCUAUCGCAGGCUAAAUCAAAUGGCUUGCAGACCUGCAUUGAACGGAUGCUCAACUUAACAGAUCACCUGAGGCGAUUACGCGUUGAUCGCUACGAAUAUGUUGCCAUGAAGGUGAUUGUGCUGCUGCAGUCAGAUACGACGGAGUUACAGGAGGCGGUGAAGGUGCGAGAGUGCCAGGAGAAGGCGCUGCAGAGCCUGCAGGCGUACACCCUGGCCCAUUAUCCCGACACGCCGUCAAAGUUUGGGGAACUCCUGCUGCGCAUUCCCGACCUGCAGCGAACGUGCCAGCUGGGCAAGGAGAUGCUGACGAUCAAGACUCGCGAUGGGGCUGAUUUCAAUUUGCUAAUGGAGCUCUUGCGCGGAGAGCAUUGACAAUUGAUUACGGAGAUGGAGAUCUGCUGCCAUUGGCAAAACAAGUUUUACAUAUUUAGUAUUAGAUACAUAUAUUCUAGUAAUAGGUUCUCUAACUGUAAGCUCUGAAAACAUGUGCCUAAAAACCAAAGCCACAAUAGCAGCCACAUCAGGCCCACUGGUCAAGAUUGAAUCUUAGCGCAAGAUUGCCAAAUUUUUACACCAAUAUAUAUUUUGAUAUAAGCCAUGUGCAGGGCCCUAGAUUGCUGUUGUUGUCGGCUAAAGUUUCAGUAAAGAAAAAGUAUAUAUUGAUUUUGCUAUUUAUACAUAUUUGACUUAUGUAUAGUGUAAACUAAAGCACACAUGGAAAAUGAAAAGACUAAAAAAAUUUAUUUAAAAGAUUACUUUUACUAUUAUAAAAGAAGAAAAACGAAAAAGCAGAAAAAAACACUAAGGCGAAGAAGUACAUUUAGUUACAGCAGCUAGCAACAUUUUUAUACUUACCUAUAUAAGGGAAAAAAUAUUCAAUGUAUUUUUAAUGAAAUGCCAAAACCGAUUUGGUUUGAAUGAGAGCUGCUGGAAUUUUCGAUAAUAUAUCUAUAUAUAUAUAUUCAUUAUUAGAAGACGGAUAACUAAAUCCAAUUUUUAAAUGUUGUAGCAUUUAGUUUUAGUGCAAUUUCACCCAUGUCUACGUAUAUAAAUAUAUAUAUUCAGCCAGAUAUGUCCGAAAACCUUUAUACAACAAAAGACCACUCGAAAUCGCCAUCUCUGGUUGGCCAAGACUAUUCCAGUUAUGCUGUUUGUUGCAUAAAAAACACAACUACAUACAUAAAUCAAAUUUAUCAUUUAAUGUCAGUUUUAAUUUUGUAUUAAUUUCUUUUUUAUAAUUAUUGUGUAACUCUUACUUAAAUAGCUGAAGCAAAUCCUGCAACAGGAUUCAAAACACAAAUACACAAAACAUUAUUAAAAGAAUAAUUUUUGCUUAUAUCUUAGAUAGUUAGAUGUGUAUCCUGCAUAUGUGUGUGUCUAUAUGUGAGUACG